UAAUAGUUGUACAACUCUGGUGGCCAGCUGUUUACUCUUACAUAUAGGUGGGUGUAUGUUCGUGUAGAUUUAUUCAUAGCCCCAAAAAGAAAAACGCAAGUUUCGGGGAUGCAAGAUACAAUUUUAUAUAAGGUCUAGCGUGUUUGCACACAAGUCAUAUUCACAUUGGAGCUACGUCGAGCGUUCUGUCACCAAGCCCCCCAGCCCCGCAAACGGCAUAGAGGAAGAGUGUGUAUGUGCGUGCUCUGCUGCCUGUGUAUGUGUGUGUGGUGUAGGUGUGCGUGAAUGAAAAACCAGCAACUGUGAAAAUAUAACCAAAAAUAAGGUCCACUAGAUUCCGCCUUUCCCAGAAAACAAAGCAGGCGGGUCUUCUUCUAACUAACAGAAGCAUCAGCAGUUAAAUCGGUAGGCGUUCCAGGCCAGGAUGGCGGAUGCCCAGGCAGCGGCCCCAGCAGCUUUGACGGCCAGUAAGAAAAAGUUCAAAAACAAAAAGAAGACGGAUAAACUGGAAAAGUCUUUGGAGCCACAACCGUCCAGCAAUGGGCAUGCCCCGGGGGCAGGAUCGGAACCGGAGCUGAAUGGUCUGCUUCAGCAAUUGCAUUUGUGCAAUGGCCACAGCAGCGGCGCCGUAAAGGAGCAGCCUCAGCAGGAGGCUACAGAUGAUGAGGCGGCCACGCCCCUAACCGUCUUGAACGGUCAUCACAGCAACAAUAAUCACAUACGAUGCAGCAGCAGCAUAAAAAGCAGUUCCCACAAUAACAACGUGGAUAGCAGCAACAACAACAGCAAGAGGAGAGAUCAUCUCCAGCAGCAGGAGAGGCCAAUCACCGCCACGAGCAAAACCACUGCCAACACGCAAACCACCACGACCACAGCAACAGCUACAAAGACAACAGCGGCAGAGGCAGCUACAAUGGAGACGACGGGGAGUAGUCAAGCUAAGGAGCCGGUGGAACACCUGCCCUCCACUUCAGCAGAGGCUGUUGCCAUACCGGCGGAGCCCCAGCAGCCAGAACCUGCCAUUUCAGCCGACGAGAUUGUGUACAAAGAGUACGAGGCGGAGCACCAAAUGCAUGACAUCAUGCGACUCAUUCAGGCAGAGUUAUCCGAGCCCUACUCUAUAUACACGUAUCGCUAUUUUAUCUAUAACUGGCCAAAGCUCUGCUUCCUUGCGUCGCACGACAAUCAGUACGUGGGCGCCAUCGUGUGCAAGCUGGACAUGCACAUGAAUGUACGGCGCGGUUAUAUUGCCAUGUUGGCCGUGCGUAAGGAGUAUCGCAAGCUCAAAAUUGGCACCACACUGGUCACCAAGGCUAUAGAGGCCAUGCUGGCGGACAACGCGGACGAGGUGGUGCUGGAAACGGAAAUGCGAAAUGAGCCUGCAUUGCGGUUAUACGAAAAUCUGGGCUUUGUGAGGGACAAACGACUGUUUCGGUACUAUCUCAACGGAGUUGAUGCACUGCGGUUAAAACUCUGGUUUAGAUGAGUGCCGCUGGCGGCUGCCGUCGAAAUUGUUGUCUAAGUAGCCGCCGGUCCACAUGGCAUGCUCUGCGCUCCGGAGAACCGUUCGUCCUUGCAAGCUGGCAGCUUUAUGCAGAGCGGCGACCCCUCGACUUUUUUGUACCUAUUUAAUGAGAAGCAUCGUAGUAUCAGAUUUUUUUUCCUUCUACCUACCACCUAUCAUCCCUCUCCCCUGCUGGGCGUCAGCCUUGCGACUGCCCUGUCUUUUUGUCCCAAUUGUAAAUUUUUUUUAUGUAGCAGAAGCAGCAGAUCAGCCACAAAACGAACCCGACCCAGAAUUUUAUUAAUUAUACAAAAGGCAAUUUUACAUGCAAUACGUGAUUUACCAUGCAUAAAUUAAACUCCAAAUUCGUAAUCGUGCAAUUAGUUAUGUACAUUCAAACAAACUUAAAAGCAAAAGGCAGUAACACACAAACUAUUAACCGUAGAAUCAAAUUUUGUAAAAAGAUUGAACAAGGAAGUGGAGCAGGCUAUUGGAAAUUCUAAUAAACUAUGCCGAAUAAUGUUUAUCGGUUUUUGCAAAAAAAAAAAACGAAAUUGGAUCAAAGAGCAAAGAACAGAAUAA